GUUUAAUGUUACAAUUGAUUGAGAAUUUAAAUAAUAGUUUCCUAGAUAAUUGCUCCGUCUAUGCACUUUACAAUUGUGUAUUUUGGUUUUAUCAACUUAGUUAAGUACUUUAUUCAUUGUCAAUACAUUUUUGCUAUGUUAAUUUAACAUCAAACAUAGGAACGAAAAUGGAGGUUUCAAACAACACCGACGCCGUCAACCUUGGCGUUGGUGAAGUAGAAGCAGAAAUUGGUGAAGAAUUGAAGCAACUGGAAGAAGGUAAAGAUUUUGACACGCGGAGUGAAGUGUCUAGCUCGACUUCAAGCGAAUCAAGCACACCAAGUAUCAGUUCUGUCAGCACAAAAUCAAAAGAAAGACAUGUAAAUCGUAAGCGUACCAAAUCUAAAAGCCAUUCCCCUGUUCAAAACAAACGUAGAUGUGUCGCUGAUGCUAGUACCAAAAUUAAGACUUACGAUUAUAUGACUAAAUUGAAUUAUUUAUUCAGAGACACACGUUUUUUUUUGAUUAAGUCUAACAAUGCUGAAAACAUUACACUGUCCAAAGCGAAGGGAGUAUGGUCCACUCUACCACAAAAUGAAGCAAAUUUAAAUCAAGCAUAUAGAGAGUCAAGAAAUGUUUUAUUAAUAUUUUCUGUAAAAGAAAGUGGUAAAUUUGCUGGUUUUGCUCGUUUAGGUAGUGAAUCCCGCCGUGAUGUGCCACCUAUAUCCUGGGUGCUACCACCAGGGCUCUCAGCUAAAGUUUUGGAUGGUGUAUUUAAGGUUGAUUGGAUCUGUAGAAAGGAGUUGCCAUUCAGCAGUACACUUCAUUUGUACAAUCCAUGGAAUGAAGGGAAACCAGUCAAAAUUGGAAGAGAUGGACAGGAAAUUGAACCCAAGGUUGCUGAAGAAUUGUGCAGACUUUUUCCAGAGGAUGAAGGCAUCGAAAUGACCCCUAUUUUGAGGAAGUCAAAAGAAGCAUCUAAAAGAGGCUAUAUGAAAAGUGGUGGUAGCUACAGAACUUACAGAGCACCACUGUCAUCAAGAGGAUCAAAUUACAGAAAUCGUCUGGGAAUUUCCACAAGGAGUCGGCGGAAAAUAUUCUCUUCACCAAGAAACAGAUUGGCUCCUAAUUCAUUUAAAAGAAGAUCACCCUCUCCUUAUAUGCGUGAUCGUAUACCAGGAUGGUUUGGUCGUUCAAGAGACAAUUAUAAUAGCAGUGGCUCUGCUGCUGCUGAAGCAUAUGUGGCUGAAUAUAUGCGUUCUAUGCAUCACCAGUUGCCACCUCUACCUUAUGUGCCUCCUCCUGGAUUCAGUGGUGCCCUAUCUUCAUAUGAUGGCCUUCCACCUCCACCACUUCCCCCACCCCCACGUUACUAUGACUUACAUGAUUAUCCUCGUUCAGUGAUAGUAUAUGACAAAAGAUCAUAUGAACGUUCAGUUGAUGAGUUCUUGUGGCGUACAUCUGACCGUUCCCGUGGUCGUAGUCGUGAACGUGAACAACAUCGAUCAUAUAGAGAUCGCAGAUAAAAGUGUAAUUUGACCAACGAUGUAUUACUUGGUUUUUACAAAUAAAAAUUUGUGUUUUGAACUGUGAACUUUAUUGAAUCAGAAAUCAUAAGUGUUGUGAUGAACAAUUUCAUAAUACAUAUUUGGACACUUCUUUUGCUUCAUAGGUAUAA